AUGGAAGGGCAGCCCAAAGGGAGCAGAGGCCUUCUGGAGAAGCCUGCUACCACCCAUCCCUCUCUGUCCUCACUGGGUGCCGUGUUCAUCCUCCUGAAGUCUGCACUGGGUGCCGGACUACUCAACUUCCCCUGGGCCUUCUACAAGGCAGGAGGCAUGGUGCCCACCUUCCUGGUGGCCCUGGUAUCUUUGGUCUUCCUGAUCAGUGGCCUGGUCAUCCUGGGCUACGCAGCAUCUGUCAGUGGCCAGACCACCUACCAGGGUGUGGUCCGUGAGCUAUGUGGUCCCGCCAUGGGGAAGCUGUGUGAGGCCUGCUUCCUGACCAACCUGCUCAUGAUCUCUGUGGCUUUCCUCAGAGUGAUCGGGGACCAGCUGGAGAAGUUGUGUGACUCCCUCCUGCCUGACGUCCCACAGCCCUGGUACGCAGCCCAGAACUUCACCCUGCCCCUGAUCUCUGUGCUGGUCAUCUUUCCCCUGUCAGCACUUCGGGAAAUCGCCCUCCAGAAGUACACCAGCAUCCUAGGUACCCUGGCUGCCUGCUACCUUGCUCUGGUCAUCACAGUGCAGUACUACCUAUGGCCCCAGGGCCUCCUACGCCAGCCUGUUCCUUUGCUGAGCCCGUCUCCCUGGACCUCUGUAUUUAGCGUCUUCCCCACCAUCUGCUUUGGAUUCCAGUGUCACGAGGCCGCUGUCUCUAUCUACUGCAGCAUGCAGAACCAGAGCCUCUCCCACUGGACCCUGGUCUCUGUGUUAUCCUUGCUGGCCUGCUGCCUUGUCUACACGCUGACAGGGGUUUAUGGCUUCCUGACCUUCGGGACUGAAGUUUCUGCGGAUAUCUUAAUGUCGUACCCAGGCAAUGACACAGCCAUCAUUGUAGCACGUGUUCUCUUUGCGGUCUCCAUCGUGACUGUCUACCCCAUCGUGCUGUUCCUGGGGAGGUCAGUGAUGCAGGACUUUUGGAAAAAGAGCUACUUGGCCACAUGGGGGUCCCCAGUGCUGGCUGACCCCUCAGGGCCAUGGGUUCGGCUCCCACUGACCUUCCUGUGGGUGGCGGUGACACUCGCCAUGGCUCUGUUCCUACCAGACCUCAGCGAGAUCAUUGGCAUUAUCGGAGGCAUCAGCUCCUUCUUCAUCUUCAUUUUCCCAGGUUUGUGUCUCAUCUGUGCUGUGGACACGGAGCCCAUAGGACCAAGAGUCAAGUGCUGCCUGGAGGCCUGGGGCAUCCUCUCCGUGCUGGUGGGCACCUUCAUCUUUGGGCAGAGCACAGCUGUGGCCAUGGUAGAGCUGCUCUGA